GGCGGCGAGCGCGAGCCGAGCUGCGGCCCCCGCGGCCGCCGAGCCCCGGAUCCGCGCGGCCGACGCUGCCGGGCCUCCCGUCGCACCAUGUCGGUGAACAUGGAAGAGCUGCGGCACCAGGUCAUGAUCAACCAGUUCGUGCUGGCCGCGGGCUGCGCGGCCGACCAGGCGAAGCAGCUGCUGCAGGCGGCCCACUGGCAGUUCGAGACCGCCCUGAGCACGUUUUUCCAAGAAACCAACAUUCCCAACAGCCACCAUCACCCCCAGAUGAUGUGUACUCCCAGCAACACACCUGCCACACCGCCCAACUUCCCCGAUGCGCUGGCCAUGUUCUCCAAGCUCCGCGCCUCCGAGGGCCUGCAGAGCAGCAACAGCCCCAUGACUGCGGUGGCCUGCUCACCCCCUGCAAACUUCAGUCCUUUCUGGGCCUCCUCCCCUCCCAGCCACCAGGCUCACUGGAUCCCGCCUUCCUCCCCAACCUCUUUCCACCGCCUCCACUGCCCACAGCCCACGUGGCCCCCUGGAGCACAGCAGGGGGGCGCCCAGCAGAAAGCCAUGGCAGCGAUGGAUGGCCAGAGAUGAGACUGGAUGCCUCCAAGUGCUGGGCUGGAGUGGGGGGCAGUCUGGGGUUGUGGGGACACAAGAGGGUCAGGGAGGGGGGAGCUGGGGAGGUUUGGGGUUUCCUGAAGAUCGCACUGGAAGAUUUUAUAAAAGAAUUUUUGUGGGUGGGGGGACAGUAAACUUCCUGGGCCACUUGGGUCCCUCAGGAGUUUCUCUUUGGGCAAGUUUUUUUCUCUUUUUAAUAUAUAACUAUAAUAUAUAUGAAUAUAUAAAUAUAACUAAUGUAUGUGAGCAUGAGGCGGAUACACCUGAGGUGCGGGGGUCAGAGGGGAAGAGCCACGAGAAUCCUUCCCUGGCCCGCAGCUCUUCCUCCAGUCCAGUCUCCGGGCAAAGGGGUCUUUCAGAGUCAGGUGGAAUGUCCUUUGCAGUUGGAUGUGAGCUGCCUUCACUCAGAAUUCAUACCUGCCAUCAGGAAGAAGAUCCCAACUCUUCCCAUCCUGGGGACAGCUACCUAGCAGCUGCAGGAGAGGUCCCAGAAGGGCCUUCUUGGCGUCACGGGGGCUCUCCCUGCCCCCUAGCCCCAACACUGCCAUGCUCUUGAUUCUUCCUCAUCUCCUCUGCCACCCUUGUUUUGUGGCCCCUCUGGAUCUCCAGCUGGGUAUGAAAGGCUUAUAGGACUAAAGAGCUGGCUUGGAAGGCCAGGCUCUGCCCAGUGGGGGACCUAACUGUCCCAUCCCUGACUGUUCUCUGGUCACCUAAGCUUUCCCCAUAUGUGUCCAGGGUUGGAGGAGCUCACCUUUGGGUGGAGUUCCUAAGUCAAAAUCUCAUCUCACCAGAGUGAAUUUUAAUUUAAAAACGUAAAAAGACUUAA